AUGCCUGUACCUGUUCCCGAGCUCGGAUCCUACAACUACGUCCCAGAAACCAAGGCACAACUCGACUGGGCGGAGCUUCCCACCGUCGAUCUCAGUCGGCUCAACACCCCAGAAAACAAACAAGAACAGGCCCAAAUCCUCAUUGGCGCGCUCCGCGAAAAAGGGUUCUUUUAUGUGAAGAACUUCAAUAUACCGCAAGAGCGAGUCAACCGCCAGUUUGCCAUCGGGAAGCGCUUCUAUGACUUGCCGUUAGAGGACAAGCUGUUGUAUGUCCCGAAAGGCCUUGACGAGGGCCAGUUCAAUGGAUACGUCCCAGCUGGUCGGCGAAUGAUCGACGACGAGAACAAGAUCAAGGACCAGAUUGAGAUCUACAACAUUCCAAAGUUCAAUGGCGACUUUCUACACAACCACCCUGACAUCAUCGCGUCCAAUAUAACCGAGAUCGAGGAGUUUGCUCGAUCGUUGCAUACUGAGGUCCUCGAUCCAUUGUUUGUUUUGCUUGCAGUCGCGCUUGAGCUUCCGGAAGACUACUUCACCGAUUUGCACCAGUAUCCCGUCAAGAGCGAGGACCAUCUUCGUUACAUGCGCUACAGCAAGUAUCCGCCAGAAAUCAACGCGAAAUUGCAGAACUGGUCAUACGGUCAUACUGAUUUGGGGAGCUUCACGCUGCUCUUCCGCCAGCCCGUCGCCGCGCUCCAGAUCCGCGAUCCUACUACCAACAGUUGGAAAUGGGUUAAGCCACAGGACGCGACGCUCACAGUGAACGCGUGUGAUGCGCUCCAGUUCUUGACGGGCAACUAUGUAAAGAGCACGAUUCACAGAGUCACCGUGCCGCCCAAGGACCAGCAGCAUGUCGAUCGUCUAGGGUUGCUGUACUUCUCCAGACCACACAAUGAUGUGAAACUUGCGACCAUCCAAGACUCGCCUGUUCUUCGUCGCGAGGGCUACACGGAAAACGGCUUCGAGAAGACGGGAAAUGAGAUCCCGACAAUGGAAGAGUGGACAUUUGCAAAGCAAAAAUGGCAGCGCACUAAAGCCGGGUCGCUGAGAGAGGACCAUGCGACUGCGUUGAUUCUUCCUGGUUUCAGAGAGCAGAUGUAUGACUAA